CUUUUUUUUAGGUUAGAUGUUUAUUUUUGUAGCUGCUGCUCUUCUGACAAUUUUUUAAUUCCAAAUCAAAAUGAAUUUUGCAAAAAACCUAUCGAACUUACUUGCCGUCCAAGCAAACCAAAACUUCCAACAAGUCCGCAAUAAAUAUGUGAACCGCUGGAUGAUAAGGGACGUUAAACGACGAAAAACAGUGGUGGAGUUCGCGCCGACGAGACUUCGCAUCAAUUCCCUGAGAAAAAACGACAUUCUACCGGCAGAACUACGCGAAUUGGCUACAGCAGAAAUGACAGCUCUUCCUAGAGAUUCUAUAUUACAUCACACAACUAAUCGGUGUGUUAUAACAUCUAGACCCAGAGGAGGCGUAUAUCGGUGGAGGCUGAGUCGUAUCGUAUUCAGGCAUCUUGCUGAUUAUAAUAAAUUGUCGGGUGUGCAAAGAGCUAUGUGGUAAUUUUGGUACCUACAUAAUAAGGAUCUAAAUUAAACUAACAUUACCCAAGAAGUUAACAAAAGUAGUCAGUUUGUAAAUAAAGUAAAACUCUUAUCAAGCAUUUAUUAAUCCUUCAGCAGCGAUGAUUAUAUUAGUACAUUUUGGUACUAAAUCUGGUGCAAAUAUUACCUCGCACUGUCUUAUCUGUGAC